AUGAAGGACUUGUUCGCCUUUUUCACAGCGCGUGAAACCCCUAAGGGUGGGACAAGCUUGCAGUUAUUGUUAGCCUACCAUGGAAAGGUACUUGUUGCACAAUAUGCACAGCGUAAUUUAUAUCUGCCCGGGUGGUCUAGUGUUGAUUUGGUCCGAACAGAUCCUUCUCUGCAAAUACCGAGUUUUACGCUCUCAUCUGGCAAGGCUUUCCAAAUGUCCUCAGCAUAUGAUGUUCUUGUCACUGGCUCAGCCGGUCAUCUGGGUACGGCUUUAAUGCUUUGCCUGCCUUCGAUGGGCUUCAAACCUUUCGGCAUCGACAUUCUCUCCUCUCCAACCACGACAGCCGUGGGCUCUGUCUGCGAUCGCGCUUUCAUUGCAUCUGUUUUCCGCAAUCACCCCAUUAAACACGUCCUUCAUGCAGCAACAUUGCAUAAGCCGCACGUAUGCAGCCAUACCAAGGAAGACUUCAUCUCCACCAACAUUGCGGGCACUCUGAUUCUUCUGGAAGAAUCUUCCAAGGUCAAGGAUAGGAUCGAGAGCUUUGUCUUUUUCAGCACAACCAGCGCCUUUGGCAUGGCCUUGAACCCGAAGCCGGGCUUCCCCGCCGCGUGGAUCGAUGAGUCGGUCGUACCCGAGCCAAAGAAUAUCUACGGAGUGACAAAAGUCGCAGCCGAGGAUAUGUGCGCGCUGGUACAGAGGGAAAGCGGAAUGCCCGUUCUCGUGCUUCGGACAAGUCGCUUUUUCCCCGAGGAAGACGACGAUGAAGACCGCCGUGCGGCCAUGAGCGAUGAGAACUUGAAGGUGCUGGAACUCGCCUACCGCAGAUGCGACAUUGAAGAUAUUGGCUGUGAAAGAGCUAGGGUGGAAUCCGAAAUAUACAUUUGGGAAAACGCUGGAGAGGCUGGCGCGUGGUGA